GUUCUCAUGUUGCCACGUAAUUUGGGAAAAUGUUGCCAACUCUUCAUCAAGUUAUCCAGUCAUCUCACUCUCUUCCUCAUCCUCAUCACUUUAAUCAUUUAUUUAAUCAUUUCAAUUAACGUUUUUUGUUUCUCUGUAAAUUAAAUCAAAAAUGGGAAUAAAAUUUUUAGAGGUAAUCAAACCCUUCUGUGGGAUACUGCCGGAGGUUGCUAAGCCGGAAAGGAAGAUUCAGUUCCGUGAAAAAGUACUAUGGACAGCUAUUACUUUAUUCAUAUUUUUAGUUUGUUGUCAGAUACCCUUGUUUGGUAUUAUGUCAUCCGAUUCAGCGGAUCCUUUUUACUGGAUGAGAGUUAUUCUAGCGUCAAAUAGAGGUACACUUAUGGAGCUUGGUAUAUCUCCUAUUGUUACCUCGGGUCUUAUAAUGCAACUGUUGGCUGGUGCCAAAAUUAUCGAGGUUGGUGAUACACCGAAAGAUCGAGCUUUAUUCAACGGUGCACAGAAAUUGUUUGGUAUGGUCAUCACUGUUGGUCAAGCCAUCGUUUAUGUAAUGACUGGAAUGUACGGAGAUCCAUCAGAUAUUGGUGCCGGUGUUUGCAUGCUCAUUAUCAUUCAAUUAUUUGUCGCCGGUCUUAUUGUGCUACUUUUGGAUGAAUUGUUACAAAAAGGUUAUGGUCUUGGUUCUGGUAUUUCACUUUUCAUUGCUACCAAUAUUUGUGAAACUAUUGUAUGGAAAGCUUUUAGUCCAGCUACCGUUAAUACCGGCAGAGGAACUGAAUUUGAAGGAGCAAUCAUUGCCUUAUUUCACCUAUUGGCUACCCGUAAUGAUAAAGUUCGAGCUCUUAAAGAAGCCUUUUAUCGACAAAAUUUACCCAAUUUGAUGAAUCUUUUGGCUACUAUUUUGGUCUUUGCUAUCGUCAUCUAUUUCCAAGGAUUCCGAGUUGACAUGCCAAUUAAAUCUGCUCGAUACCGAGGACAAUACAGCUCGUACCCAAUUAAAUUGUUCUACACUUCCAACAUUCCCAUCAUUCUACAAUCAGCUCUUGUUUCCAAUUUAUACGUUAUUUCUCAGAUGUUAGCUGUUAAAUUUAGUGGAAACUUCUUUGUGAAUCUACUCGGUGUUUGGGCUGAUGUUGGUGGUGGUGGACCAGCUCGAUCAUACCCAGUCGGUGGUCUAUGUUAUUACCUUUCUCCGCCUGAAGAUUUAGCCCACAUAGCGACCGAUCCCAUUCACGCAAUUCUAUACAUUGUAUUCAUGUUGGGAUCUUGUGCAUUUUUCUCUAAAACAUGGAUUGAGGUUUCAGGAUCCAGUGCAAAGGAUGUUGCAAAACAACUGAAAGAACAACAAAUGGUUAUGAGAGGACACAGAGAGAAAUCAAUGAUUCACGAACUUAACCGUUACAUCCCAACAGCCGCUGCUUUCGGUGGUCUCUGUAUCGGUGCACUUUCUGUUCUUGCUGAUUUCCUUGGUGCUAUUGGAAGUGGUACCGGUAUCCUUCUUGCAGUUACAAUUAUCUACCAAUACUUUGAAAUUUUUGUUAAAGAACAAAGUGAAAUGGGUAGUAUGAGUACACUGCUAUCUUAAGAAAUUAUGAUAAAAAAUUGGGAAUUAAUUUUAUAUAUAAAUCUAAAAAAUUACAAAAGAUAAUAAUAACAACUACAAAAAAAAAAAAUUAAUUAACUAAUUUAUAUAUAUUAAUUAAUUAAGAGAAGAAUAAGUAAAACAAAAAGAUGCUGAAAAUAACAAUUAACAUCUUUGAGUUACCUCCUGGAAGUGGAAGUUUAAAAAGCGGAAGAAAAAAAAACAAAAGGGUUGACAGAGAAAAACAUCAACAAAUCAAUUUCUAAUUUUUCUCAUCUUCUCUUUUCUCAUCUCUUUCUUUCUUUCUUUCUCUCUCUCUCUCUUUCUCUUCAUCUUCUCUUUCUUUUCUUUUCUCUUCCUUUUUCUUCUUACCUGUUCCUUUGGGUACUCAAUUACUAUGAGAUUUAUUUCUUCAUGUUGAUAUUGAAUAAACAUGAAGUCAGCUUUUUUUCAA